AUGUAUGUGCCAUAUGGAGUAGCUAUUAAAGACACAAAUGGCAACGUUCAGCAGCAGGGAAUCGAUCAGGACUACUGCCAGAAUAGCUUGAAGGAUACUGAUAAUCUUGGAACACUCACCAUCUGCGAUGCUCCUGGUGGAAUGGCCAGGAUAUUUAAUGCGGGCGUAAUCAAACCCGACCAGAAUCUCAUGCCAACCACCCCGCAAGGAUGGAGCGAACCCUUUUCCGUCCUUCCCAGUGAACCCUUCAAUAUCACAAGUGCGAUCAAGGGUUCAGUCGCCUCAUGGCAAGUAGGUGACUUCAACUACGAUGCCGCAAGCCAAUACCAAGAUGCAUUCAGCUCGGGCCAGCCCCUCACAUCGGAUUUAGUCAAGGCACUGCAGGCUCUCGACAUCGCACCAGAGACGGCCGGCUUCUUCAACAUUCCUGUCUGCGCAACGUACGACCUUCGAUUCUUCCCACCCGCUGCUUCAUCGGGUGGCCCUGGCUUCUCCUGUAACGCCUGCGGUCAAGGGCUGGGCGGAAAGCCCGGCUCCAGCGCCAAAUUCUGGGACAAUGCGAACGAAAUCGUGCAAGCUGCCCUCACGGCCCCUCCCCCGUGCACGCAGGCAUAUGAGACGACAGUCUGUGUACAAAUCUGUCCGAGCGAUCCUUAUGGCCCAACUUCCGCCCAAAACGUCGCCGGCGGCUACGCACCCGGCUGGUGCGGCGUGCACGUGAUCCAAUACCAACUCAACCAAGGUCCCGGAACGGACACGAGCCACUACAGACUCACUGUCACGAUCUUCGACUCCAACCAGGUUGAAAUCAGCGCCUCGAACGACACCGUCGUUGAGUCACCUCAGGGUGCUUGGACUCCAUUUUACAGUAAGCUACCAAGUACGCUGAACAUCCAGGUCGGGGCGGUCGAUAGCGAUCCGCUGUGGUUUGAGUACCCCGGUCAAGGAAAUUGGCAGACGGGUGAUCAGCAGCAUCAUUGUAACUUUGGGGCUUAUAGUGGAGGAAGCCGGUCUGGCAAUUGUGGUUUUACUUGUACUUAG